UGAACAUAAUUUGAGAUGCAGCGAGACCCCCGUUAUCGUACAGAGCAAAACACUUGGUCGUGACAAACAGGCUCUCCACAAUCUAAAAGCGUUUUGACAACAGUGUAGCAUUCUUGAGUGGAUAUUUGGUUGUGUGGACAAGGUGGCAAUGAAUUAUUCCAAUCAUUCCGUAAUGAACUUAUUAAGUCAGGGUCCAGGGUGGCCAACAGAACACCAGGCGAUGCAUUGCGGUUUGGACUAUUACAAUAGUUACGGACUUCCAAUGGAAAACAACAGAAUGACAGAUCAGUUGCAUAUUUACAACAGCAACCAAGCCUGUAUGUAUGGAAAGUCACCGUCUCCAACAUUGACUUCUCCAAUCCAACAAGGGUACACCCUGACAAAUCUAUCUUCCAAUGUCUCCAACAGUAUGUCCCUACCUGUUCAACCCGGGGACUCCAUCAAGACAGAACCAGAUUCACACGUCUCCGGAGAAAUUCGGACCUCCCAAUCCUCACCAGAUAUGAUGUCCCCUGGCUCAUCCUCCCUAUCCACAGAUAACGGUUCAUCCAUCACUCCAAAGAGCGAAAGCAGCGAAAUCAUGGAAAAUCUUGACAAACAUAAUGGAAACUGCAGCCAAGCUCCAUCUCCGUUAGAUGAAAACGACAACGACAAAAACCCAGAAAAAUCAGGUGAAUGUAAUUUAAUGAAACAACGCUCCAGACGAAAACCCCGGGUGUUAUUUUCUCAGGCGCAAGUGUUUGAAUUAGAAAGAAGAUUUAAGCAACAACGAUAUUUAUCCGCACCCGAAAGAGAACAGCUAGCAUCCUUACUCAAACUGACUUCUACGCAGGUGAAAAUAUGGUUCCAAAACAGAAGAUACAAAUGUAAACGCCAGAGACAAGACAAAAGCUUAGAAUUGUCUUCUAUGCCACCAAGGCGUGUCGCAGUUCAAAUGUUGGUCCGCGACGGACGGCCAUGUUUGCCACAGAACGUGCCUGGAGCUCCUUAUUCCGCGUCAUACAGUAGUCCCUAUUAUCCCUCACCAUUGAACACUCAUGUCUCAUCAGCUGUUCCCAUUAAUCCUAUGCAACAAAAUCCAUACGCAAAUUCACAAAUUCCCCAAGGCAUACGAUCUUGGUGAUAAUAUUUGUAUUUGACCUCAAUUUGUUGUAAAUAUAUAUAAUAUAUUGUAAAUAAGAGUUGUAUUUUGAAUACGAAUAUGUGAAAAUGGAGUUGUGUUUCAUGACAAAAUAAUGCAUUUCGUCGAAGUUUAUAACACAAAGUGAAAAUCUAAAUUGAAAAAUAUUAAGCUGUAUGCGUCAUGAACAUAUAUUGAACAAUGUGUGUAUGGAUAAAAAAGUGCUGAUGUAUGGUUGAACACUUUAUCAUUUGCGAUAAAUUCCGACAUUUUUUCCUACAAGAAUUAAGUUGGCAGACUUGAUUCUUUUAUACUCAUACAAUAUUGUUAACAAUUUGGACUAUGUUUCAUAUUUUACAGUUUUAUA